AUGCCGACGUACCAAGAACUUCACUCACGUGCCCUCAGCAUAUCUUCCAAGAUCGAGACAAUAAAAGACCAGUAUGCCGAUGGAAAAGCAGCUGGUAUUUAUAAUUUGUUAAUCGGAGACAGCAAUCAGAGAACAAAGUACUAUAAAGACUUUUUGAUUGGUAUGCUGAAGAAGAAUAACUGCAAGAAUAUUCUCGACGCCGCAUGUGGUACUGGAAUAGACUCAAUAAUGUUAAUUGAUGAAGGAUUUAAAGUUGUAUCAGUGGACGCUUCUGAUAAGAUGCUAAAAUAUGCUCUCAAGGCUCGUUGGGACAUGAGACAAAACUCUAAGUAUGAUCAAUGGGUAAUUGAAGAAGCAAACUGGGAGACACUCCCGCAAGACAUCGAGACGUUUCUACCAGAUACCCAGUUCGACGCCGUCAUAUGUCUCGGGAACUCGUUCGCCCAUUUGUUGGAUGAGUACGGAGACCAAAGGAUGCAGAAGCUGUGUCUGAGCAACUUCGCGAAAUGCCUGAAGCCAGGCGGCCUCCUGUUUAUUGAUCACAGGAACUAUGACGCGAUAGUCAACAGUGGAACCACUCCGGGACAUACUUUUUAUUUUAAUAGUAAGCACCCAGUAGACAUUAAUACCUCGGUGCUGGUCGUACGUGGUGAACCUGUACUCGUUAUUUUAGAUUACUGCGUAUAUCCUUCCGACGAUGGAGAGUUAAAGGAAGCGAGGGAGUUCAGUCUGCGUUACUACCCACACAAGCUAUCAACAUUCACGAGCAUGCUGGACGAGGCAUUCGAGAACCGAGCCCGGCACCACAUCUACGGAGACUUCCAGCCGCUGGACAAGGUCCCCGUCCCUGCCUUCUACAUACACGUCAUGCAAAAGGCUAAAAAUUAAACAAUAAUUUGCAUCUGAAAAUGAUCCGUAUUUCCAACACUUUCAAGGAAAAAUUGUUUGAUUUAAAGUAGAUUCUAGGAUCUGUUUAGAUUGUCAAUUUAAAUUCUUUUGAUUUAAGACUGA